AAAUGCCUUUCCAAGAUGGCGAAUCGCACGGUCCGAGACGCUCGCAGCAUCAAGGAGAAUCCGCAGUAUUUGGUGGAAAAAAUCACAAGAUCAAGAAUUUAUGAAUCAAGAUACUGGAAGGAAGAAUGUUUCGCUCUAAGUGCUGAACUACUAGUGGACAAAGCAAUGGAGUUGCGUUUUAUAGGAGGUACCUAUGGAGGUAAUAUCAAGCCGUCUCCAUUCCUGUGUCUGCUUCUGAAAAUGCUACAGAUUCAGCCAGAGAAGGACAUUGUUAUCGAGUUCAUCAAAAAUGAGGACUUCAAGUAUGUGCGUUGCCUUGGGGCACUGUAUAUCAGACUGGUGGGAGAAGGUCUUGAUGUUUAUAAGUACCUAGAACCUCUGUACAAUGACUACAGAAAGAUCAGGAGACAGGAUAAGAUUGGUGGAUAUUUCUUAUCCCAUGUUGAUGAGUUUAUCGACGAGCUUCUGAAUGAAGAGAGAGUCUGUGACAUCAUUCUCCCUCGUGUGCAGAAGAGACAUAUUCUGGAGGAGACUGAGCAGCUUGAACUACGCGUUAGCCCUCUGGAGGAGGAUCUGGACGACAUGGAAGACUCCAGUGACGAUGACAUCGAUAUACCAGAGAUCAAAAAGUCACCUGAACGUCACCGGGGUAGCUAUCACGAUCACGACAGACCAAGGAGAAGUCCUUCACCAAGGCAUCGUCGAAGUCGUAGUCGAUCACCUAAAAGGAGAAGUCGUUCUCCCAAGAGGAGAAGCCCAUCCCCCAGGAGAGACAGAGAGAGAAGGAGAAGCAGGAGCCCAAGGAGAGAGAGGGAGAGGAGGAGCAGAUCAAGGGAAAGAAGACACAGAUCACCAGUUCGUAACUAUCAUCGUGAUGAGAGACGUGAUGAGAGACGUGACGAUAGGCGUGAUGAGAGGAGCGAUGAUAGGUACCAUCAUAGACAUCGGUCAACAUCACCAGAUGAUAGGCAUAGGAGAUCCUACAGGAAAUGAUUAUAU